CAUUAAUGUUUUCUUCUCUUUCUGUUUUGUUUCUGUGCCAUCCAGGUUUCUGCUGGUUUUCUCCUGCUUAGUCCUCUCUGUUUUUUCAACCAUUGAUGAUUAUGAGGAGAGUUCUGAAUGGGCCCUCUACAGUCUGGAAAUUGUCACCAUUGUGGUCUUCGGAGUAGAGUACUUUGUAAGAAUCUGGGCUGCUGGCUGCUGCUGUCGAUACCGAGGUUGGAGAGGAAGAUUAAAAUUCGCCCGCAAGCCCUUUUGUGUAAUCGACAUCAUGGUGUUAAUUGCCUCCAUUGCUGUGCUGGCCGCUGGAUCCCAAGGGAAUGUUUUCGCCACCUCGGCCCUCAGAAGCUUGCGCUUCCUGCAGAUCCUGCGCAUGAUCCGAAUGGACCGCAGAGGAGGCACCUGGAAGCUUCUGGGAUCGGUGGUUUACGCCCACAGCAAGGAGCUCAUCACUGCCUGGUAUAUUGGAUUCCUGUGCCUAAUUUUAGCCUCCUUCCUGGUAUACCUGGCGGAGAAAGGAGAAAAUGAUCACUUUGACACCUAUGCAGAUGCCCUGUGGUGGGGCCUGAUUACUCUGACCACCAUUGGCUACGGGGACAAGUAUCCACAAACCUGGAAUGGGCGUCUCCUGGCAGCAACCUUCACCUUGAUUGGGGUUUCCUUUUUUGCCCUCCCAGCAGGAAUUCUAGGUUCUGGAUUUGCACUGAAGGUUCAAGAGCAGCAUCGUCAAAAGCACUUUGAAAAAAGGAGAAAUCCUGCAGCUGGCCUGAUUCAGGCUGCCUGGAGGUUCUACGCCACUAACCUCACUCGAACUGAUUUGCACUCUACUUGGAAUUACUACGAGCGAACAGUCACUGUUCCCAUGUACAGCUCACAAACGCAAACCUAUGGUGCCUCCAGGCUCAUUCCACCUUUGAAUCAGCUUGAGCUGCUGAGAAACCUGAAGAGCAAAUCUGGAUUAACCUUCAGGAAAGAACAGCAGCCAGAAUCAUCUCCAAGUAAAACCACUCCGUGCAGAAAAUCAUUUUGUGGAUGCUGCUCGAGAACCUCUAGUCAAAAGGUCAGCUUGAAAGAUCGUGUCUUCUCCAGCCCCCGAGGUGCAACCACGAAAAGUAAAGGUUCUCCUCAGGGUCCGGGUGUCCGAAGAUCCCCCAGUGCAGACCAGAGUGUGGAAGAUAGUCCAAGUAAAGUCCCCAAGAGCUGGAGUUUUGGAGACCAGAGCCGGGCUCGGCAAGCUUUCCGCAUCAAGGGAGCCACAUCCCGUCAGAAUUCAGAAG